AUGUUACAAACUAUAGGCGAUACACGGGAAGGCUUUCUUUGUCCACAAUGUCAUCAAGACAUGGGAAAUCUGGAAAUGUUACAAAUACAUUUUCAAAAUGUACAUAUGAAACAAUCUUCAACUAUUAUCAAAGGUUUGUUUUCAUUUGCAAAACAAAAAUUAAAAAGUGUUCAAGAUAACUUUCAAAAUUCUAAUGAACCAUCGAAAAUGUAUUCACAAUACUUUUCAUUUGAUCCACAUGAUUAUUAUUCAAAAAAACAAUACAUGGGAUUUACUCGUUCACAUUAUGCUUAUUUUCAAAUUGUACGAAAAGAUAAACUCCAUGAAAUAUAUACUAAAACGCAACAACUUUUACUUCGCUUGGAACUAUUAACAGAUAUCAAUGAACACACACCACCCAAUGGAAAUACGAAAGAACGUCGAAAAUACGAACAAAGUAUUAUUCCAUGGAUGGAAGAUUCUGUGGUAUCAAUUUGUAGUUCAUGUUCAGCAUUAUUUGGUUUCUCUAGACGAAAACAUCAUUGUCGACUAGACGGAUUGGUUAUUUGUAAUCAAUGUUCACAGUUUAUUUUAUUUUCCACAGCUCGACGUAUUAUUGAUUCGAAUACAUCAUCCACGUUAACCACCAAUAAUAGUUCUACAAUUCAACAACUGAUGAAUCUAAAAACGGUAACAUCAUCAACAAUUAUCAAUAAUGCAUCAAAUGAAGAUCAUCUUCGUAUUUGUAUGUCUUGUGCAAGAUGUUUACAAAAUUGUUAUCGUCAAAUAUUUUUCAAGAACAUUCCAAAAGAUGAAAUAUUUCAUUAUUAUGAAAAUAUUAUUCAAGCAAGAAAGGAGUACACUCAAUUUCAAUCAACAUAUGUUGCCAUUAUCGAUUCGAUCUUGAGUGGAAAUACAAAAUAUCAAAUCAAAGACGCUCAACAAGUAUAUCGACAGCUGAGUGUUAGCUAUGAAAAAAUCGAUUCAGUAUCGAAAAAAUUUGUUGCUUUCGCGGAUAAAUGUCCAAACAUAGAUGAAAAUGAUAUUUCAUCAAAAGCUCGUUACGCUACACUUUGUCGUAAUAUUCGCAUGUAUGCGAUACAACUGUUACAGAAUUUCUCUUUAUCAACUAGACGACUGCCAACUGAAGAUGAGAUAAAACAAGCGCGUGACGCAAAACAGCGAUCAGAUAAUGAAUUGAUGGCAAAAGUAAUUUUAACUAUUCCAGGAAUUAAUUGUAAUGUACUAGAAUUAUCAGAAGAAUUAAAACCAUUUAUUCAACAAUACUAUCAAGUAACACAAUAUAUGCAACAAGCGAAACUAGCCGGACGUGAUGAUGAAGCCAAAUUUUUAGAAUCGAAUUUAGAAGAACUUGCUCGAGCUAUGAGAGUGGCGCAUCAACAAUAG